GGAGGUGGGGGGCGGGGGGGGAGAGGAGGCGGCGGCGCAGGCGGGCGGUGCGCGCGCCCGCGCGGGAAGGCGCGCGCCCGGCUCCGCCACAGGGCAACAAGUGAGGAGGGCGCGGCCCCGCCCGCCCCCGCCCCGCCGCGGGUGCGCUUCCCCCUCGCGUCCGGCUCCGCGCCCCGGCCCCGCUCCGCCCGCCGCGGGCUCUCGCACCUCAGGCGCGGCCGGCCCUGAGGGGAGAGAGGAGCGGGCGGUGAGCGCCCGUCCCCGCGGGGGAGGAGGCGGCGGCGGCGGAACGGGACGGGACGAGCCCCCUCCGCGGCGCCGCCCCGGCAUCGCCCCUCAGGUGCGGGGGCCGGCGGGGCCGGGGCAGGGCGGCGGGCCGGGGGCGGGAGCCCCGCGGCGAGGGGCAGCCCCGCGGGCGGACAAAAGCAUGGUGGAGGCGGGGGCGGCGGCAGGAACAUCCCCGGCCGAGACCCGCGGCUGCCGGGCAAGAUAUGAGAAAUGAGUGUUGGACGCAGAAGAUUAAAGCUGCUGGGAAUUCUGAUGAUGGUGAACAUUUUUAUUUAUGUGAUUGUGGAAGUCUCAAAAAGUGGCAGCCAAGAGAAGAAUGCAAAGGGCCGUGUUGUUAUACCACGUAGCACAUUCUGGAGAAAAUAUACCCCUCACAAAGCUUACUGGAACAAACAGCAGCAGAAGCUUGAACUCCUGUACAACCCUAUUCUGGCCUUGCUUUCCAAUAUGACUGUGGAAGAGAAUUUGAGUUCUAACUUGAGCGCUCUCAGUUCCUGUGACCCUGACCCGUGGGUGUCUUCAGAGGUUAGUGACUUUGCAAACCUGCCAGACAGAUUCAAAGACUUUCUACUUUAUUUGAGAUGUAGAAAUUAUUCAUUAGUAAUGGAUCAGCCAAACAAGUGCAAACAUAAACCUUUUCUGCUGCUGGCUAUUAAGUCACUUACACCCCAUUUUGAUAGAAGGCAAGCAAUUAGGGAAUCCUGGGGCAAGGAAAUUGAAUCAGGGGAUGUGAUAGUCAAAAGGGUCUUCUUACUUGGACAGACCCCACCAGAGGAUCAUUUUCCCGAUCUUUCACACAUGCUGAAAUUCGAGAGUGAAACCCACCAAGACAUUCUCCUCUGGAACUACAGAGAUACUUUCUUCAACCUGACUCUGAAAGAGGUGCUGUUUCUGAAGUGGGUCAGCAGCAGUUGCGCGAACGUCCAGUUUAUUUUUAAGGGUGAUGAUGAUGUUUUUGUGAAUACCCAUCAGAUCCUGGAUUACUUGAAGAGCUUAUCAAAGGAAAAAGCCAAAGACUUAUUUAUAGGCGACGUGAUCAAAGAUGCUGGACCUCACAGAGAAAAAAAAUUGAAGUACUACAUCCCAGAGAGUGUUUAUGAAGGUUCAUACCCUCCGUAUGCGGGAGGUGGCGGGUUUCUGUACUCUGGUGAUCUGGCAUUAAGACUGAAUAAUGCAUCUGACCAGGUACUCCUUUACCCUAUUGAUGAUGUUUAUACUGGAAUGUGCCUUCAGAAGCUUGGGCUUGCUCCGGAAAAACACAAAGGCUUCAAAACGUUUGAUAUCGAGGAGAAAUACAGAAAUAACAUAUGUUCCUACACAAACUUAAUGUUAGUACAUAGUAGAAAACCUCAAGAGAUGAUUAAGAUCUGGACACACUUGCAAGAUCCACACUUAAAUUGUUAAAGUAAUGUGCAUAAGUCCAAGUCCAAAUAACUAUCCAGGUUUGGGUCUGACUUCCUUGGUGGAUCACUGAAGCUCUGUUUAAUAGUUGAAUUUUCUCCCUAAACUUUUUUUCCUGUACUUUCGAAAACGAGAAUAAUACUAAAAUUUGAAGGGAUGGCUUGAAGACUUGGUCCUGACUUUUCCACUGUCCUGAUGGUCGUUAUGUUUCAAUAUUUGUCUUAAUUUUAAAAGAGACUUUGAGGAUAUAACUAGCUGUCAGUGACUGGUUAGCUGUAUUGGAAACAGGGAUUGCCUACUGCAAUGCAUCUUUCAUUAAUUGUGUUGGUGGACGAUAAUUUUUUCUUGAGUAGGGUUCGUGUGUGGAAACCACUGUAAAUUGAAAAUACACAAAUUGGAGGAAUGUAAUUUUAUCUUUAGGUAUGAAACAUUUACAAGACUUUAACUUUUAGAUUUUGUUUUAAUGUAUAGUUUUCGGUCCUUUUGCACCCCGAAACAGUAUUUUCUCCUUUACUUAGGAUCUUUUGUGCAAAGUGUAUCUGUGUCUGAAGGAAUUUACCCUUUUAUUAGAUUAUGCCUUUUUUUUUUUUUUACAAGAAAAGCAUAAUACUGCUUGAAACACCCCUUAAGAGCUCAAUAUAUAAGGAAAAAGAACAGACUUUGUUUGGAGCUGGGCAGUAGGUACAGUUAAGUUGGUCCCUGCCUCACUUAGGUACUAAGAGGACUUACUGUUUAUGUUAUUUAUGUGAAAAGCUACUUUGGUCAAUCCUUGUUUCCUGUUUGGGCACUAAAUGUGAUCAGGUAGCUUGAUGGGAAUGACUGAAAUUGCACAUUGCUUAUGAGAGCACGGUUUGGAUCUCCUGUAAAGCGGUAGCAAAUCCAGAAUUGUGCAGAUACAAAGAGUUUCGGAUUUUGAAACAAACUUUGAAGUUGCAUGAAGCCUCACGUAGAGUUAAACAUGUUCUCGAAACUCAGAUCUUCUGUAUUUCCACAUCUUGCUUAUAAGAAUUAUUCUAAAUAGUGGUUGCUUUCUUUGUACAUGUAGAAGUGCCUGUCUAUUUAUUGUUCAGAUGGAAGACCAAAACAUUUUCUUAAAUAUAUUUUGUGUAACAUUUUAUUUGUAUAGUGUUGUCAUUCAGAUAUUUAAAUAGAGCAUGAUAUUUUAAAUCUGAUACGUGUAACAUGUUAAAUAAAGCUAAUUGUUAUUUUUGAACUUGAAAAAUAAAAUGUGAUUUAAGUA